UAAAAAGUUACUACGACUUUCGGUACCUUUCAGUUUAAAUUUCCCUCCACGAGAUUUUUCUUCACAGGUUUUGUUAUAUUACCGUUUCCCGUGGCAACCGUUUAUGAUACUUUGACAUAAACAUGAAACCAUUUUUCUGUGCUGCGGAAUUUGGAAAAUCCGGUGAUCGUGAUUCUUUCGGUUAAUUAGUUUAAAAGUGAAUUCACAUCACAAUGGCUGACGAAAUUAAGCCGGAAAUCAUAAAGAAGACGCAAAAGAGUCUUGGGAAAUACGUUAAAAAACCGCCACUUACUGAAAAACUUCUACGGAAACCACCGUUCCGGUUUCUUCACGAUAUCAUCACAACGGUCAUUAAAGAAACGGGCUUUCUGGAUAAUUUAUUUACGGAUGAAGAAUUGAAUUCAGACAUCCGUGAUAAGGAAGCUAAAGUUGCUUAUUUGACUAAACUCAUCAACGUCGUCAAACUGAUUACAGGUAACGAAUUAACGGUGCGUCCUUCCAAAGUGGUCGCCGGCCAAGAACCUGCAAAAACAAAUGAACUGUUGCAAGCAAUUGCAAAAGCGCUGGAUAAAAAUAUCAGCAGUGCAGAAGCAGUCCAGCAUUAUAAAGCCAGCUUGGAAAAAGAUUCAAGCAAGCCUGCAGCAUCGAAGGGGUCCAAACGCGAAUCCUUAAAAGCAGGCACUGGAAAACGUACUGAACGUGCAAAAGGAAUCGCAGAAAAACAGGAUCCGGCUCUUGAACGGAAAGCGUCUCGAGUCUCGCCUGAAAAAAAUCCAAAAGAACGAGGAUCGCAGGAAAAUGUUAACAGUAAAGAGACCAAAGCAAGCAAUCAAGCGAAACAAUCAAAGAAAACCAAAGUCGUCGACAAUCCGCAACGAAAGGGAUCAGCUAGUGUGUCAACAGAAAAUUUGGUCGGAAAUCGUAAAGCAGUUAUCACCAGUCCUAAACGACCUCCCAGAAUCGAAAGUACCCAAGAAAAUGGUACGACCAAAGCCCCUGCCUCGUCAUCGCCACCUCCAGAUAACAAAAACUCCGAAGAAACAACCUCUGCAACCCUCAAAACAGAUCCGGUGCCAUUAUCCCUUGAGAAAAAUGAAGAGGCAGCAAAAACUCCUGUCGUGCCCGUUGCAGACGCCGCAGUAGAAAAAAAGCCGGAAACAACCCCCCAAAGUGUUCCAGAACCGAGUGCACCGGUUUCGAGAGAACCUCUGCGAUCUGCGAUGAAUAGACCUUCGAGUGCCAGACCAGCAGCUCCAAAAUUACGGUGGAAAUCUGAUAUCAGCAUGAAACAUCACGAACCGGUAUUGGCUGAGAACGAGAAUGUUAUUGUCGAGAUUUUCAAUGAGCAGAAUGAUGACGCUGACAAUAUGGUAGUACUGGAAACCGAUCCGACCGAUUACGCUCCAGUUAUGAAUGUUCCUGAGAAUAUAUCCGGAGACGAUGCUCAAGAGCACGGAUAUUUAGUUGCACAAAUAUUGGAAACGCAGCGUGAGCUCGCCAAAGACAAUUCGGUGGAUCUCAUGUCGCACAAAGUCGACAACGAACUGAAACGAACAGCCACAAGGAAUCCAGAAGCUGUUGUAAAGGAAGUUGAAAGUUUACGAAGCACGGUACAAACCUUGAUACGAGCGACGCAUCCGAUGGGAAAAUUACUAGAUUUUCUGCAGGAGGACGUAGAAUUGAUGCAGAAAGAGUUAGCGGAGUGGCGCAGUAAAUUUGGGCAAUACCGUACGCAAUUAGAAGUUGCGACCGCAGAAUCCCAGGCAACGGCUCAUCCAUAUCAGGAGUCAUUUGACAGCAUCCAGGCCGCAAUAAACGAUCAACUGGACAAAAUAUAUCAGAUCAAAUUGAAUAUCACGAAGAACAACCAGAAAAUUCAACAGCUACUCUCUGGAAGGGCGUGAAUAUAGCUUUCAAUUUAAUUUAUUAUUUUACCUGAACUACAAUCAGUAAAAAUACGCGUGAUAGGAUAAGCAACCGGUAUAAAAUAGUGUGUAAAUAAAUCAAUCAAAUAAGAUCAGCGAAUAAGCCUCGAAGGUCCUGACAGUAAAUUUCGACAUCGAACACUGGAGAAAUUGUGUGACAGACUCGAUAAUAUUUUUUCGAAUGUCAUUUUUUCAUUUUUUGCUGCGUUUUUUUCAAAUUGAAACAUUCACCAGAGCAUCAGUAUUUUCUCAAAUAUAUUUGUGUUUAGUCUUUCAAAUUUAGAAAGGAUUCAUCAAGAUCUGAACUUGAUGUAAAUAAUCUUUCCAUUGCACUAAAAAAAAUGCAAUUGAUCCUAAAACUUAAUAAAAUUUGAU